AUGCUACAACACUUAGUAUACAAUAUUGAAGGUAAUGUAAGACAAUUGCUGUCUGGUCAGAUACAAGACAUACAUCACAAUAAGACAAUAUUCGAACAAUCAUGUGCUGUAUGUAUGGAAACGAAAUUAUUAGAAGAGUUUGAAACAUACUAUACCAAUAACUGUGUGCAUCCAAAUCGAACAAUUUGUAAUAAUUGUCUGUAUGAAUAUAUACGUAAUACUUGGAAUAUUGGUUCAAAUAUAAAUUGUCCUGAAUGUUCGAUUCCUUUAUCACAUAUUACCAUUCAUGAGAUACUUUUAAAUCAUGAUGACAAUGCACUCUAUGAACGUUAUGAACAAUUUGAUCUUAAUAGAUCUCUGGAACAACAUCCAGAAUUCAUUUGGUGUGCUCAUGGUUGUGGUUCAGGUCAAUUAAAUGAAGGUGCAACAAUGAAUAAGACUGUUCAAUGUGUUAAUUGUCAUAAAUUAACUUGUUUUACUCAUAGAUGUCCGUGGCAUGAUGGAAUGACAUGUGAAGAAUAUGAAAUGCCUCGUACUAAUGGACAAAUGCAUGCUAGUGAACGUUGGAUCAAUGUGAAUACUAAAGAAUGUCCCACAUGCCAUUCUCAUAUUGAGAAAAAUGAAGGUUGUGAUCAUAUGACUUGUUGGAAAUGUAAAUAUGAAUUUUGUUGGGAAUGUUUAGCUCCUUAUUCAAAUAUAAAACGACAUGGAGUAUAUUUACAUCGUCGUACAUGUAAACAUUAUCCUACUACGGACACACGCAAUAUUUUUAAACGCUUUAUUGAUCACUUUUAA